UCACAUUCUUCUCCCAGUCUCUGCUGAGCCCAGGGCAAGAAGAAAACUAGGACCCUCUUAUCCUCCGGAAUCUUCUCCCCAGAGACACCUCAGUGGGCACGGCUGCUUCUGUUGUUGCUCUCGCAGCCAUGACUCUGCCUCGCAGCCCGGGAAGCGUAGGGGAGCCCCAGCCGGCGCAGGCCAUGGAGGUGCACAGGCUGGAGCGCCGCCAGGAGGAAGAGCAGAAGGAGGAGCGGCAGCACAGCCUGCACAUGGGCUCCUCCACGCGGAAACGGACCUUCCGCAGCAGUGAGGAAGAGUAUCAGUUCAGCGACGCAGACUACGCGCUGGCUGCAGCCCUGGCUCUGACGGCCUCCUCAGAGACAUCGUGGGAGGCCCAGCUGAGGCGCCAGACCCACACCGUGGAGCUGGAGGAGCGAGGGCAGAAGCGGGUGGGCUUCGGUAACGAGUGGGAGAGGACAGAGAUCGCCUUCCUACGGACCCAGUGGCUGCUGCGCCAGAGACGAGAUCGGAAGGCGCUAAGACGGCGGACAGAGGAGAAGGUCCGGGAGGCCAAGGAGCUGAGGGAGCUGUGCGCCGGCCGGGGGCCCUGGUUCUGGAUCCCGCUGCGCUCCCACGCUGUCUGGGAACAUACCACGGUCCUGCUGACCUGCACUGUCAAGGCCUCGCCUCCACCCCAGGUCACCUGGUACAAAAAUGACAUGCGAAUUGAUCCCCGCCUCUUUCCCGCCGGGAAGUACAAAAUCACCAACAACUACGGGCUGCUGACGCUGGAGAUUAGGAGAUGCACCAUUGAGGAUGCAGCCACCUACACCGUGGUGGUCAAGAACGCCUUCGGCCAGGCCUCCGCCUUCGCCAAAGUCCUUGUCCGCACUUACCUGGGGAAGGAUGCUGGCUUUGAUUCGGAGAUGUUUAAAAGAUUGAUGUUUGGCCGCAGCGUGGAAUUCACAUCAGUGCUGAAGCCAGUCUUUGCCCGUGAGAAGGAACCCUUCUCCCUGUCCUGCCUAUUUUCGGAAGAUGUGUUAGACGCCGAGCAGAACAUCCAGUGGUUCCGAGACGGGAGGCUAUUGAGGUCCUCCAGCCGCCGGCAGAUGCUCUACGCAGACCGCCAGGCAUCCCUGAAGGUGUCCUGUGCCUACAAGGAGGACGAAGGGCUGUACACGGUCCAGGUGCCUUCGCCUUCUGGGCUCCGGGAGCAGAGCGCCUAUGUGUUUGUGAGAGAUGCUGCAGCUGAGAAGCCAGGGGCUCCAGGCUCCCCCUUGAAUGUUCGAUGCCUGGACGUGAAGAGAGACUGCCUCAUCCUGACAUGGACUCCACCCAGCGACACCCGGGGCAAUCCCAUCACUGGCUACUCCAUCGAGCUGUGCCAGGGUGAGUCUGAGCAAUGGGUGCCCUGCCACCAGGCCCCCGGCGGGACCUGUCGGUGCCCAAUCCAAGGCCUCCUCGAAGGCCAGACCUAUCGGUUCCGGGUGAGAGCCAUAAGCAGAGCAGGCAGCAGCCUCCCCUCCAAGGCUUCAGAACCAGUUGUCAUGAGCGACCAUGAUGAAGCCCAGAGGAAGACAGAGAUCCCCUUUGAUCUGGGAAGAACGAUCACCGUCAGCACAGACGAUUUUGAAGACUUUGUGACCAUCCCCUCACCCCCAACCAAUGUCCAUGCCAGUGAGAUCAAAGAGGCCUACGUCGUUCUGGACUGGGAGGAGCCGAGACCCCGGGGCAAAGCCCCGCUGACGUACUUCCUGGAGAAGUCGGUCAUAGGUAGUGGCACCUGGGAAGCCAUCAACUCUGAAACACCUGUGAAAUCCCCGAGAUUUGCCCUUUUGGAUCUGGAGAAAGGGAAGUCAUAUGUCUUCAGAGUGCGAACGAUAAACCAGUAUGGCAUGAGCGAUCCCUCGGAGCCCAGCGAGCCCAUCGCCUUGAGGGGGAAGCCAGCCACUCUCCCUCCUCCAACUCAAGUUCAAGCUUUCCGAGACACACAGACCUCUGUCUCCCUGACCUGGGAGCCUGUGAAGGACAGCCCAGAGCUCCUGGGUUAUUACAUCUACUCCCGGGAAGCAGGAUCAUCCGAGUGGCAAACGGUUAACAACAAACCCAUCCAGGGCAACAGGUUUACGGUUCCUGGGCUGAGGACGGGGAAGGAGUAUGAGUUUUGUAUCAGGUCAGUCAGCGAGGCUGGAGUGGGCGAGAGCUCGGCCAUCACUGAACCCAUCAGGGUCAAGCAGGCUCUGGCUACACCAUCUGCCCCAUAUGAUUUCAUCCUCCUGAGCUGUGGGAAAGAUGAUAUGGUCAUUGGGUGGAAACCCCCCAAGCGUCGUGGAGGCGGCAAGAUCCUGGGCUACUUCCUGGACCAGCACGACUCGGAGGAGCUGGACUGGCAUGCAGUCAACCAGCAGCCUGUCCCCACCAAGUUUUGCAAGGUCAGUAACCUUCAUGAGGGCCACUUCUAUGAGUUCCGUGCCCGGGCGGUAAACUGGGCAGGUGUUGGCGAGCUGUCGGCGCCCAGCGGCCUGUUUGAGUGUGAAGAGUGGACGAUGCCCCAGCCAGGCCCCCCAUAUGACGUGCAGGUGUUUGAGGUCCGGGCCACCUCCCUGAUGCUGAAGUGGGAGCCCCCACUCUACAAAGGAGCUGGACCCAUCACCGGCUAUCGCAUCAGUUUCCAGGAGGAAGGCUCUGAGCAGUGGAAGCCAGUCACUCCAGACCCCAUCUCUGGCACCCACCUGAGGAUUUCUGACUUGCAGCCGGGGAAGACUUACAUAUUCCAGGUACAGGCUGUGAAUUCAGCUGGUUCAGGGCAGCCGUCCAUGCCCACUGACCCUGUACUCCUGGAGGACAAGCCAGAUGCCCGGGAGAUCAAGGUCGGUGUGGAUGAUGAGGGCUUUAUCUACAUGGCUUUCGAAGCCCCUGAGGCCCCCGACUCCGCAGAGUUUCAGUGGUCCAAGGACUACAAGGGCCCACUGGACCCACAGAGGGUCAAGGUCGAGGAUGAACCUAACAAGUCCAAGAUCAUCCUGAACGAUCCUGGCCUCGAGGAUCUGGGCACCUACUCGGUGGUGGUCACCGAUGCUGAUGAAGACAUCUCAGCCAGCCACACACUGACCGAGGAAGAGCUGAACAAGCUGAAGAAGUUGAGUCAUGAGAUCAGAAACCCAGUGAUCAAGCUGAUCUCCGGCUGGAACGUUGACAUCCUCGAGCGAGGAGAAGUGCGGCUUUGGCUGGAAGUAGAAAAGUUGUCUCCGGCUGCUGAGCUGCAUCUCAUCUUCAACGAGAAGGAAAUCUUCAGCUCACCGAACCGCAAAAUCAAUUUUGUCCCAGAGAAGGGCCUGGUAGAAGUUAUCAUCGAGAACUUGUCUGAAGAUGACAAAGGGUCAUACACUGCUCAGCUCCGAGAUGGAAAAGCCAAGAACCAGAUCACCCUGGCCUUGGUGGAUGACGAGUUCGACAAACUUCUGAGGAAGGCAGAUGCUAAGAGAAGAGACUGGAAGAGAAAACAGGGUCCGUAUUUCGAGGAGCCUUUGCAGUGGAAGGUCACGGAGGACUGCCAAGUGCUGCUGACAUGCAAGGCGACCAAUACCAAGAAAGAAACCCGCUUCCAGUGGUUCUUCCAGAAGAAAGAGAUCCCAAAUGGUCAGUAUGACCCGCAGACGGGAACAGGGCUUCUCCUCAUCGAAGAGCUGUCCAAAGAGGACAGGGGAAUUUACAGAGCAGAGGUUUCCGACAACCGAGGGGAGGACGACACCAUCCUGGACCUCACGGGCGAAGCCCUGGACGACAUCUUCACUGAGCUGGGCAAGAUUGGCGCCCUCUCUGCGACCCCACUGAAAAUCCAGGGGACUGAGGAGGGGAUCCGGAUCUUCAGCAGGGUCAAGUACUACAACGGGAAGUACAUGAAGACCACCUGGUUCCACAAAGAGAAACGCCUGGAGAGUGGUGAUCGGGUGAGGGCUGGCACCACCCUGGAUGAGAUCUGGCUUCACAUCCUGGACCCCAAAGACUCAGACAAGGGCAAAUACACCCUAGAGAUAGCAGCUGGGAAGGAAGUCCGGCAGCUCUCAACUGAUCUCUCAGGGCAAGCUUUUGAGGACGCCAUGGCCGAGCACCAGAGACUGAAAGCCCUGGCCAUCAUCGAGAAGAAUCGUGCCAAAGUGGUGAGGGGCCUGCCAGAUGUGGCCACGAUCAUGGAAGAUAAGACCCUGUGCCUGACCUGCGUCAUCUCAGGAGAUCCUAUACCCGAAGUCUCUUGGCUGAAGAAUGACCAGCCUGUCACCUUCCUUGACCGCUACCACAUGGAGGUGAAGGGGACAGAGGUCACCAUCACCAUCGAGAGGGUCACCAGUGAGGACAGUGGGCGCUACGGGGUCUUUGUCAAGAACAAAUAUGGCUCCGAGACGGGCCAGGUCACCAUCAGCGUGUUCAAGCACGGGGAGGAGGUCAAGGUGCUGGAGAUGUGACGGACGGGUUCAGGCACAGCCCGAGGUCUGGUCUGCAUGGACCAGUAGGGCCAACCAGUGGGUCAUAGACUGGCACAGGCCCUGGGUUGAGUCAGGGGGAAGGGAACAGGGUGGAACCUGGGACAUGGGAGUGGGGUGGAGUCGACACACUGAAGUGGAGAAGUAAAGACCUUGCUGGGGUCCUGAGAGGCCUCCGGAAGAGCGGGGUCAGCCCUGGACUUGGAAUGGGCGUCCUACGUGCAAAACUGUUUCAACUCUAAACUCUGUGAGCCUUGUCUUUCUCAUCCAUCAAAUGGGAAUUCUUACUCCUAGGGAGUGUUCAUGAAAACCCUUUAAAGCCAUGCACCAGUGGUUCUCGACAAGAGGAAAUUUUUAUCUCCCAGGGAACAUUUGGCAAAGUCCAAAUUUUUGGUUGUUAGGGCUAGGGGUGUCCACUGGCGUCUAGUGGGUAGAGGCUAAGGAUGCUGCUAAACACCACAGCCCCCUCAUCGACAGGAUCAUCCAACCCCAAAUGGCCGCAGCACCAAGGUUGAUGAGCCCUGCCAGAAACUGACGCAUCACAACAUCCCUCCUUAGGAUACUAUAUUUUCCAUCUGCUGAAGUUCAACAAACAUGCAUGUGAAAUCCAGCAUGUGCAAGUGGAGGAUGGCCUUGGGAGCACAGAGAUACAUAACAGGCAGGCUCCGCCCUCAAGGAGGCCUCAGUGCAGUAGGAGAGUCGGACCUGGGUGCAAAUGAUUCCAGGCCAAGUCAGAUGACAAGGAUCAUAAAACAGGUCCAAAUAAACUUCCACUAGUGGUCAGAGGCAGGAGACAGGUGUUCUUCCCAACUAGGGACGUUGGGCCUUAAAACACCUUCAUGGAACUAGUAGAAUCGGUGUUGGACCCUGAAAAAUGAGUCCGAUUUGGUGAUGGUCACAGGAGGAGGAGAUUUCAAGGGCAGGGAAUGUGAGAGCAAAUAUGAGGAGGCUGGGUAACGUGCCUAGGCAGCCUUGGGUACCAGGCUGGAGAGUUGGAUGAGUUCAGGUCCGCUUCCAGCUCAGGGCCUCUGCCAGCAUGACAGACACUGGUUGGCAUUACUUGAUGGACCUCAAUACAGAGCUGGGUGUUUCGCCACCCUCCAGUUUCCUUUUUUUUUUUAAAUAAUAUUUGGAGGGGGUGGGGUUUAUAAAGUGAUAGAUGUUUGUGGUACAAUUUUGGAAAACCCUGAAAAUUAUGAAGGAGAAAAUAAA